UACCUCUACCUGCAACAACUUGGAGUAGACUUUGCAGUGAAGAUUGUCCAACUGAACCACGAUGACCUCCAUAGCUUUUCAUCCAGCGCAUCAAUUUCUAUCUGCUCUACGAGCGCAGUGGUCAAGAUCACUGGCGACGGCGACUAUUCUACCAAGUUUCUUGAGUACUCAACAGCCUUUCAAUUGGUCUAUACCACGCUUAGAGUCUCUACUCGAGCUGUUCCCUUCGAUUGUACUUGCCGUUCCGAAGAAAAAAGUAUCACAUUCGCGCAAGUCGAUGCGUAGCGCGAAUAAAGGACUGAAAGACAAAAUGAAUAUUGUCAACUGUCCAGCUUGUGGGGCACCGAAGCUUGCCCACCACCUUUGCCAAGAAUGCUAUAAAUCAAUUACGGCUCGCUGGAAACUUGAAGCUAACAGAGCAGAGAAACGUGCGAAGCGGAAGCCGGUUUCUGGUGGCAGUUGGGCUGAAGACGGUGUACCGCUCAUGCUUGACGCGCCAUCCAAGCAGUCAUAAUGACAUCUUAGAUUUGGGGAAGAUUUUCUUGGCAUUUUCAACUGUUCAUACUCCAGACGAGAUUGCAGUCAUUACAGCUCCUAGACUUACUCGCAUUAAUGGCAUAUUGAACCUGCAUUCUGAAAGCACAA